CGGCCGGGGAGAGGAGGCCUUCCCUCUGUCUAGACCACAAGAUAAUAAUAAUAACAACAAUACUAAUAGUAAAAAGAAAUCAUCAAUCAAUCAACCAAUCGAUCAGAAGCGUUCGAGCGAGCGGUGCAGUAUGUACGGGACCGGAGGAGGAGGAGGAGGAGGAGGAGAAGUUUCUGGGCGCAGCAGGGAGAAGCAGAGCCUGAACUAUGGCGACCCCCUCUACUGGGACCUCCGCUACAUGGAGGAAGGCGGCGCCGCCUUUGACUGGUACCAGCGCUACUCCGCUCUCCGCCCCUUCGUCCGCAAGUUCGUCCCCACUCCCGCCCGCGUCCUCAUGGUCGGCUGCGGCUCUGCUCUUAUGUCAGAGGAUAUGGUGAAGGAUGGUUAUGUGGAUAUAAUGAACAUUGACAUAUCAUCAAUCGUAAUCGAGAUGAUGAGAACGAAAUAUGCACAUGUUCCACAGCUGAAGUACAUGCAAAUGGACGUAAGGGAUAUGAGCUUCUUUCGUGAUGAAUCAUUUGAUUGUGUCAUCGAUAAAGGAACUCUGGACUCUUUGAUGUGUGGUGCAGAUGCUCCGGUGUGUGCCUCCCAAAUGGUAGAAGAAGUUAGCAGGUUACUUAGACCUGGCGGGAUCUUCAUGUUGAUAACUUACGGUGAUCCAUCAGUGCGAAUUCCACAUUUGAACCAAGCAAGAUAUGGUUGGAAAAUUGUACUCUUUGUAAUACCGAGACCGGGAUUUCAAAGCACCGAAGUCUCUUGCCCAAAGAAGUCUAUCUUGGAACCUGUUCCGCUUACGGAGAAAGGUCAACUUCCAGCUGGUUAUGUUCUUGAAGAUCCAGAUUCGCAUUACAUCUAUGUGUGUAAAAAGAUGCACGAAUUCAUGGGGACCAAUCCUGUAUACAGAAACCAGUUGGAGGCAGAUGGUGAGCAAUGAUGAUAUGCUGCCCUUCAUUAGCCCGUCGAUAUCGUAUAUUAGUUAUCAUCAUAUAGCAUCAUAUGAGGAGAAAGUGCAUUAGCUAACUGCAAUUGCCCAUAGAAUUGGUAACCAGCCAAUCACAUCAUAAUGUUUUCAUGUAGAUAAGAUAGCAAAGCGAACAGCAUUAAUGAGUUCUUUUGUACAUUAUUAAUGGUUACUAAUCAUGCGUGUACCAAAUCCUGGUUACGAGGAGACUCCCAUAUGAGGCGACGCUGCUGCUAGCACUGGCCGUCCGCAUUGUACUAGUUAUGUAUUGAUUGGUUGGUUGAAUCGUCGGAACUUAUCAGCUUUGUGAAACUGAUGUAUAUUUUUAUCACAAUUGUUUGAAGAAUACACUGAAAUAAUAUUUGGUUCUAUAAGUACAGCAAUUUUUCUCUUU